UUUCCUUGCUCAUCGCUACUUCGAGUUUUGUACUGUGUGAGCUUGGAGGUUAAGCAGUGACGAAAAUGGCUAGUGGUGAAGAUGUUGUUGUUGCUCAUGAUAUUCAGUCUGUUCUCUCUUCUUCGGAGAGGGACUAUCUUGUUCGGAACAACGGCGAUCAGGUUAAAAUCGAGAGCUUAAAGGGGAAGAGAGUUGGUUUAUAUUUUUCAGCAUCUUGGUGCCCUCCCUGCAGACGAUUCACCCCUACUUUGGUGGAGCUGUACAACGAAAUCUCUGCUAAAGGUGAUUUUGAGAUAAUCUUUGUGUCAGCUGAUAAAGAUGAAGAUGCCUUCAAAGGUUACUUUUCCAAGAUGCCAUGGCUUGCCAUCCCAUUCUCCGAUUCUGACGCAAGGAGUCACCUUAAUGAAUUGUUCGAGGUGCAGGGGAUUCCUUAUCUUGUAAUCCUUGAUGAGAAUGGGAAAGUCGCCACUGAAGAUGGAACAGAGGUUGUACGUGAGUAUGGAGCUGAAGGAUACCCUUUCACACCAGAGAGGAUCAAAGAGUUGAAAGACCAAGAAGAGGAAGCCAAGAGGAACCAGUCUUUGAGAUCUCUCUUGGUCUCCAAGUCACGUGACUUCGUUAUUUCUUCUGAUGAAAAGCAAGUACCUGUGUCUCAACUUGAGGGGAAGACCGUAGGCCUGUAUUUCUCGUCUUUUUCAUUUGUACCAUCCGCUGAAUUUACUCAACAGCUUGUGGAGGUUUAUGAGAAGCUGAAAGCAAAAGGUGAGGGCUUUGAGAUUGUGUUGAUAUCCGUUGGGGAUGAUGAAGAGUCUUUCAAGGAGGGACUGAAAAAUCUGCCCUUCUUGUCAUUGCCCCUCAAUGACAAGAGCUGCAAGAAGCUUGCUCGCUACUUUGAGCUAUCCACCUUGCCCACUUUGGUUAUUAUUGGGCCAGAUGGAAAAACCCUUCAUUCCAAUGUGGCUGAGGCCAUUGAAGAGCACGGCGUUGCUGCAUACCCUUUUACUCCCGAAAAGUUUGCAGAGCUCUCUGAGAUAGAGAAGGCCAAAGAGGCAGCUCAAACACUCGAGUCUAUUCUUGUUUCUGGGGAUCUAGAUUUUCUCAUAGGGAAAGAUGGAAUCAAGAUUCAAGUGUCAGAUUUAGUGGGAAAGACCAUACUGCUGUACUUCUCAGCUCACUGGUGCCCACCAUGCCGUGCAUUUCUACCAAAGCUUAUUGAAGCAUAUCACCAGCUCAAGGCUAAAGACAAUGCACUCGAAGUGGUGUUCAUAUCCAGUGAUAGGGACCAAGCAUCGUUUGAUGACUUCUUUGCUGGAAUGCCAUGGCUGGCUCUUCCCUUUGGUGACUCCAGGAAGUCAUUUCUGAGCCGCAAAUUCAAGGUGCAAGGCAUCCCAAUGUUGGUGGCAAUCGGACCCGGCGGCCAGACCCUGACGAAAGAUGCAAGAAAUCUUGUUGCGCUUUAUGGUGCUGAAGCUUAUCCUUUCACUGAGGAAAGGGUGAAAGAACUUGAGGCUACAUCUGAGGAGAUGUCAAAGGGGUGGCCUGAGAAGGUGGCACACAAGUCUCAUGAGCAUGAACUUGUGUUGACUCGCCGGGGGAUUUAUAUUUGUGAUGGUUGCGACGAGGAGGGUCACGCAUGGUCAUACUAUUGUAGCGAUUGUGACUUUGAUCUGCAUCCAAAAUGUGCUUUGGAAGAAGAGAAACCUAAAGAAAGUACCAAUCAAGAAGAAGAGAAUAAACAAGAUGGGCGGGUUUGUGAUGGGGAAGUCUGCUCAAGAGCUUGAAGAGUUAAGAUUCUUGUUUGUUGCAUUGAAGUUGUCUGAUGGCUUCUUAUUAUGUGUAUUUCAAAAUAUGUCUGAUAGUGUGCUUGCUGUCUAAACAAAAUAAACAUGUAAAAUACAGUAUGUUGGAUUUUAAUAUUAUAAUCCCUUUUAUA